AUCUUCGAACCCGGAGCAGCUUUACGUGUUGCACACACUGUAGGGCGCUGAGGUUUUGAUGGAAACAAAUGUCCGUGCUGGCCAGCAAGCAUAAUGAGCAUGGUCCGGAAGCGCAAGUACAGCUCUCCGGAACCGUUGACCACGCACUCCAAAGUUCAAAAUAAGAAUGAGACUGUAUGUGAGCUUCAGGUUUCUAACGGUGUACCACCCACCCCGAAGAAGAUGACGGUCUCUGCUUUCUCUCCAACAAAGGAAUCUGGGAUAGGAGUUCCCGAUGUGCGAAUACCACAAUCAACUACAAGUCCAAUGGAUGUAGAAGAGUGUCUGCAGUCCUCCAGCCCCUCACACACAGAGUCAGAGACUGAAGAGGAUGAUGCAGAAACGGGUCUGGUCAUCACCCUGGAUGGAGAGGGCUGCGGCAGCCAGAAGACGAGAAGGAAGAACAAGCGAGUGUCGGACAGCAGUCAGGGGGAGGGUCAGCCCGGCUCUGGGUUUGGCCUGCAGACGUUGUCCUCCCAGGACAGCCAGAGCCAGAGCGACGACGAGUUUGGCCAGCUGGACAUCGACCUGGAGAGGAAGUCGAAGCAGCACAACCUGACGUCCGUCCACAUUCGGACCAUCCUCCACGAGGUGAUUACCAACAAACAUGUAGUGGCCAUGAUGAAGGAAGCCAUCAAGGAGACCCAGGACAUGCCCAUGUUUGAACCUAAAAUGACACGUUCUAGACUGAAGCAAGUGGUAGGAGAGGGGGCCAUUCCCACAUGGAAUAUCUCACCCAUCAAAAGGGUCAAUGAGCCCCCACAGUUUGUGGACAUCCCUCUGGAAGAGGAAGAGGACUCCUCAGAUGAAGAGUACUGCCCUGACGAGGAUGACGAGGACGAGAUGGCUGAGGAGACGUUUCUGAGCGAUGUGGACAGCACAUCCUCGUCUCCGCGGUGUGCCCACCGCCCUCAGCCCAGCACCCCAGUCCAAUCUUCACCCACAAACAGCAGUCCAAGACAGAAGCCCAGGUGUUCCCGGCACCUUAGGGUGGCGGCUGUUCCCAUGGGGCCCCCUCCGCCCCCUCCCUCCUCCAGUGGGCCCCCCGGGGCCAUGGACAGCACCUUCAUGGAGAAGCUCCAUGCUGUGGAGGAGGAGCUGGCCCUCAGCUCCGUCCACCCUGAGACCUACCAGGCGCUAGGCGGCGGCGCGGCGGGCGGUCUCGUGGCGUGCCGGACGCGCUCCAAGCGCCCGCUGCGGGACGUCCCCCUGGGCCAGCUGGAGGCGGAGCUCCGCGCCCCGGACAUCACGCCGGACAUGUACGACUGCGACGCUGCGAUGAAGGACCGCCACUGGAGCGAGUGGCUGCAGGGCCUCAUGACCUCCGACAUGGAGAACGACGAAGACGGUGAUGACGACGACGACCCAGAGUACAACUUCCUGGAGGACCUGCACGAGCCCGACCGGGAGGACUACAGGACGGACCGCGCCGUCCGCAUCACCAAAAAGGAAGUGAACGAGCUCCUGGAGGAGCUUUUUGAAACGUUCCAGGAUGAGCUGGGAGGGAACGAGGGCGAGGGGGAAGGCCACGAGGAGGACGAGGAGAGGGAGGAAGAGGCUCCGUCUCAGAGCAUGCCCAAAUUCAACGUCCCCCAAGCUAUACGGUUCGAGGCUCCGCUAGCUAGCAUGCUCUCCGAGCGCCGCCGUGCGGUCAGGGAGCAGUACGAGGCCCUGCAGCAGCGGCGAGCGCUCCAGGACACGCCCACUCACACGCCCAGCCUCCCCAGCCACGUCUUCAACACCACCUCCAGCACCACCCCCCUGGUGCUGUUCUGCCCCCAGGCCCGCCCCCAGGCCCGCCCCGCCCUCACCCUCGACUCCGCCCAGAAAGCCCAGCUGCAGCUGCAGGUCCAACAGCACGUCCAGCUGCUGACUCAGCUCUUCCUGCUCUGCAGUCCAGUAGAGGCCCUGCACCACCAGGCCUGCACCACCCAACAGUACCUGGAGGAGCUCCAGACGUUCGCCAGGCGGCAGGAGGGGAAGGGGGCCCCCAGUGUCUUCAGGGUGUGUAACCUGAAGGGGGCGCUCUCCCUCAUCGCUGAGCAGGAGAUACCGUGUCCCAAGCCCCAAGCUCCUCCCAACGCCUCCUUGCCUCCUCGAACGCACCCCAGUUCCUUCAGUAAAUCGCGCACCUAUGCCCAGCUGCCUGCUACAACUGCCUGGCUGCUGGCCACCAGGCCUGUGUUCCUGUACCCUGAACUCCUGCCCCUCUGCAGCCUGGACCCAGCCCUGCACCGCCCUCGCACCAAGAACCACUACACACGGGGGGAGGAGAGUCUCAUAGUCCUGGGCCUGGAGCACUUCAAAGACACGCAGAUGCCCCACUAUCUGAUGUGCCAGUACCUGAUCCGCAAACACAGCCACAGCCACCUUCGAACCCACAUCAAGGAGAUGCUCAGCCCCAAAGCUCCUCACAACAUCUUCAAGCUGUACUAUGAGAACCACGUCCUCCCUGCCAUGCCCCUGGCAUGUGGCAGGGUCAUGCCUGGAGAGGAGCGCCCCCCUGUGGAGAGAGGAGAGUCCAUCAUGCCAAACUGGCUGAAGAAAAGUCUACCUGUCAUACACAAGGCAGUAAUGGCAUAUAACAAAGCAAACAGGCAAGACUCGGAUGAAGAAUCACCAGUGCGUUCCUAUACCUUCCCCAGAGGAACACAGUACCCCCCUUCUCUGCCCCGAAACGUCCGGCUACGUCUACAUCCCCAUAUGAAUGACCGAGUCUGCCACCCGCCCAUCGCCCCCAAACCUCGCCCAAUUCACGGUUUCACCCCCACGGGCUCUCUAGCACCGCUAGCCAAAGCACCACUAGCCAAAGCACCGCUGGCCAAAGCACCCACAGAGGCACCCAGCUUUUUGUCCCACAUCCCAGGACCUAUUCCCUCACACGGUGUCAUCCUAUUGGCUAAUGCCCCGAGCACUCCAUUCCAAGGGAUCUUGCCAUUGGUUACUCCUGCUCAUGGGGAAGUGGCAUCGGGUCUCAUGCAGAUCAAGCCAGCCACCCCCACGGGAUCCCACCUUAUAGGCCAGGGGGUGAUAUCAACGUGCGUGAUGUCCACUCCCACAGAAACAGCCUGCCAACAGAUGCAGCAACGUAAACUGUUACCCAUCCAUCCUGCCCCUCUAAAGGAGAACCCCACCGUGUCCUUCUCCACGGACCCUCAAACAGGCCCUUGGCUCCCUUGGCGUAUUCGACGCCCCCCCACUUCCAACCACAGAGCUAAAGCCAGAGAAGCAGCUCUGGCCCGCCAACGAACACCCGCCAGGCCCAUCCUACCAGCCCCCCCCAGCCCGGACCUCGACCUAAGCUGCACAUCCACCCUGCCAGAUUAUGGACUUCAGUCGGCUCCUUUGUUCCUCUCCCACGCGCCCUCGCCACCCCUCCUCCCCUCUCAGUUGACCACAAGUCCCAUCAACCCUAGCCUGAGCAAUCAGAACUGCAGCUGGAGGCAGCCAGUAGAGAGGUCAGAGGUCAGAGGCGUGGUCGAGCCUUCGUCCGCAAACUCCCAACCGCACGGCAGCCAAACAAACAGCCUCUCGCUUCACGGUAACACCAUUGUCCCAGACCCCUCAGCACAGGGGGCCUCGACGGAAAGGAACUCCGACUAUGUCCUGCUCCAGAUGACCUCUAACGGCUCCACCCAGACCUUCUGGGUACCUCAAUACUGCCUCACCCUCAACACCACUCACAAUGACUUCCAGCAGUUAGGCAGCGAGCCCGGCCUUUCGCCUGCCCCGCAACAGCAGCUAGCCCCCCUGACGUCAGGUCUACCCUCCGGCCUCGCGUCACCAGCUAGUGCCGCGACCCAGCAGGAGGCUCCCCUGGACUGUGACCUGCCCAACGCCACGGCAGGACAGAGCCUGGAGGAACAGCUGUACCAGCUGGUGGAGGGGUUAAAAGAUGGGGCGAUUGAGGAAGAGAAAGAAGGAGAGGAGGAGGGAGAGGAGGAGGAGGAGGAGGAGGAGAGGGGCGGUUGGGGGAAUCUGGAGGGUCCCCUCCUCACCCUGUCGGCAUCGUCCGGGAGCCCCUGCUCCAGCCUGGACAGCCGAGCCGACGCCCUGGAGAGGAUGAUGGCGGACGGGAUGGAGGGAGGGCGGGAUGAGAUGGAGGAGGAGGAGAAGGGUUACAGUUUGGCAGAGGAGGAGAGGAUGGAGCUGGGAUUGGAGAGGGGCUCGGGAAUGUCCGAGGUCCCCCCGCACGCCCCACCAGAGGAGGAUCUGAACAGAGAAGAGCAGGAGAAGAGAGCUGGAAAAGGGGGACACCACACCACGCCAGACAUGACCAGGGCGGGUAGAGAGACACCGGGAGGAAGUGGAGGCGAAGGGGAGAGGAAUGAAGGAGAAGAGGAGGGGGAGGAGGAGGGGGAGGGAGGCGAAGGGGAAGGCAGCGGGGGAGGAGGGGAUGACGGGAACGGAGGGAGGGGGGAGGGAGACGGAGAGCAGAGGGGGGAGGGAGAGGGCGGAAGCCGGGGAGAGGGGGAGGAAGAGGGGGAGGGUGCGGCGAGCGGAGGAGAGAAGGACGAGGAGAAGGACGGGGACGGGGACCCGGAGAGGCAAGGCGACGAGGAGGAGGAAGAGGACUUUGAUGACCUCACACAGGACGAGGAUGAAGAGGAAGUGAUGUCAUCUGCCUCCGAGGAAUCGGUCCUCUCCGUUCCGGAGUUGCAGGAGACCAUGAAGAAGCUGACGUGGCUCGCGUCAGAAGGCCGGCUGUGUGGAGAAGGCGACUCCGAGGAGGACGCCUCGCCAAACUCCCCUGUUUCUCAGAACUCCCAGGAGGAGAACUCGGACGAGGAAGAGGAGGGGCCGGGGGCCAAGGGGGAGGGCCUGGAGCCCGGGGAGGGCGGGGUCAGUAAGGCGGCGGGCGACGAAGACGCCCCCCAAGGAGAAGACGCCCCCAGGGCCGGCGGCAAAGCUGCCGGACGAGGCCGAGGAAGGGGCCGACCUCCACCCCGCGGCCUUAGGCGUGCCAGGCGGCAGGAGCGCGACAGCAAGGACGCGUCCAAGCUGCUGCUGCUGUAUGACGACCACAUCCUGGACAACGACCCCCUGAGGGAGAGCAAGGACAACGCCUUCGCCCAGGCCUACCUCAACAGGGUGAGGGAGACUCUCCAGGACGUCCCGGGGAAGGUGGAGGAGUUUCUGGGGCUGCUGUACGAGUUUGAGCAGGGCGGCGAGGGGCGCAGUGUGGUCGACCUGUUUACACAGCUGCGUGGCGUCCUGGCCGACCGGACGGAACUCCUGCGGGACUUUGCAGCCUUCCUCCUCCCCGACCAGGCGCUGGAGUGUGGCCUGUUCGAGGAGCAGCAGGCGUUUGAGCGAAGCCGGCGGUUCCUGCGCCAGCUGGAGAUCAGUUUUGGGGAGAACCCGUCUCACUACCAGAAGAUAGUGAAGGCUCUGCAGGGAGGCCCUAGCCUCAGGCCCGCCAGCAUAGAGGAGCUGAAAGCGCUGAUGUCGUCGCUACUGAAGGGUCACACCCACCUGCAGGGGGAGUUUGGGGUGUUCUUUGAUGAGCUCCGCCCUCCCCCAGCCCGCCCCGGGCAGUUUGAGGAGGCCUGUUGGCCGGAGGAGGGUGGGGUGGGUGUGGAAGGCAGUGAGGGGGCCGGCUUGGUGUCUGGGGGAGGGGCCAGCAGCGGGUUUGAGGAAGUUACCCUUCCUGAUCUGGAGGAAGAGGAGGAGGGGCAGAAGAUUCCCCUCAUAUCCGCGCGAAGCCGGAGAAGGAAGAUGGGCUCCAUUGGCAACUAUAAGGAGUGUGAUUGGCCAGAAAAGGAUUGCUCCUGCCUCUGUCACGAUGCAAAGCUUCGUCGACACAAAAGGAAAGGGUGUUCUCGUUGCCACAUCAACAAGGCCCCAGAUGGUGUUUCCAGGGCGAUAAAGAGUCUUGACCCCUUGUACCCCGCGUCAACCAGCCCCACGGCUGAAUUACCUACCGAUGGAGGUGGAGAAGAAAGGGAGGAGGAAAAGGAGGAUGAGAAGGAGGAAGAGCCAGAGGAGGAGAAAGAGGAGGAGGCAGAAGAGGAGAAGGAAGUGGAUUCUGAAGUCAAAGAUGAAAUUGACAGUGGGGCAAACAGUCCACUGCCUGCACAAGGACUGGACUGCUGGGAGGGCACUGAGGAAGGCAGUCUUCCUCUCACGGAAGAGAGGGAGGAGGAGGACGAGGAAAUGGAGGAGGAGGUGGAAGAGGUGGAGGAGUGGAAAGACGGGAAGGGAGAAACCAGUCCUUCAAAGAAGAGCAGGGUGGAAAGGUCUCCAUCAGGAGUGAUGGAGACCCCCCCUCAGCCUCGCCCCAGCCCCCCCUCUGACCCCCCCGUGUGUGCCAAAAACAUCUCCCUAACUGCAAGUGGAGAAAAGGUUAUCCUUUGGACAAGGCAGGCGGACCGCGUCAUUCUAACAACCUGCCAGCUGCAAGGAGCCAACCAGAGUACCUUUCAAGCAAUCUCUACACAGCUGGGCAAUAAGACACCUAAUGAAGUGUCGCGGCGUUUCAGGGACCUCAUGCACCUGUUCCAUACUGCCGCUCGCCAGGUCAACUCCAAGGAUGAGGCUGUUGCUACGGAACAACAGGCUGCCACUGAUGAGGAGCUGGAGUGAACUGGAAUGGACCAGUUCUGAACUGCACAGAGACGUCUGAUUUGAACACACCUGAAACGAAUUACUACAUGCCUCUCAAGAACAGCUUUGUUAAGGAGGGAUGCAGUAUUUUGUCUACGUUUAUUUCAUAGGUUUUUCACGUCAAGAUUCUUGUGAUGUCUGGACAUUCACAAUAUUUGGACCGUAUGGUCAUUUCUGGCAUAUAUUAUAUAUAUGUUGAUGUGUAUAUAUAUGUAUGUUACAAAGUUAAAGUAAAACCAGCGAUGCAAUGGGCAGCUUCUAUGUUUGACAGUGGUCAGGCAUAAAGGAACUCUUAAGUUAUGAUGACGUUGAAUUGCAUCAGCAGAAUAGUAUGUGUUUCAAUGAGUUGUUGUCAAAUGUUUAUUAAAAAAAUGCAGUGGUCGCCCUUUUUUUGAGCCUUGGUUGUACAGUUGUGUGGCACAGUUCUGAGAUGCGGUUUUAUUUUAUACAAUAUUGAUGUGUGCCUCAUCAUUUGGCUUGCAAGUAUUCAAUCAUCUGUGAUGGAUGAAUGGUGGUAGUUUUAUUAAUAAAAAUUGUACAUGCA